CUGAAGCCGUCUCCGGGUAAGAGUCCCGGGACCCGGCCCGAGGAUGAGGCGGAGGGCAAGCACCCCCAGAGGGAGAAGUGGGCCAGCAAGCUGGACUUUGUUCUGUCGGUGGCCGGAGGCUUCGUUGAGGACUGGCUGCGUGACAUAAGGCUGAGUCACACCAGGCUCUCCUCCAAUCCCGCGGCCCCGAUCGCGCCCCGGCAGCCGUUGCCAGGCAACCGGGCCUGCGCCGGUAUCGGUUAUGCCUCCAUCGUGAUCGUGUCCCUGCUGAAUAUCUACUACAUCGUCAUCCUGGCCUGGGGCCUCUACUACCUGUUCCAGUGCUUUCAACCAGAGCUCCCCUGGGCCAAGUGCAACCAGCCCUGGAACACCGAUCGCUGCAUCGAGGACACCUACCGCAAGAACAAAAGCUUCUGGGUGGCUGCCAACGCCUCCAACUUCACCUCCCCCGUCACCGAGUUCUGGGAACAUAAUGUGUUGGGCAUCACCAACGGGAUCGAGGACAUCGGCCCUGUGAAGUGGGACCUGGCCCUGUGCCUGCUCCUGGUCUGGGUCAUCUGCUUCUUUUGCAUCUGGAAGGGCGUCAAAUCCACCGGAAAGGUGGUCUACAUCACGGCCACGUUCCCGUUCGUCAUGCUCAUCGUGCUGCUGAUCCGCGGCGUGACGCUGCCCGGUGCUUCUAAGGGCAUCGUGUUCUACCUUUACCCGGACCUGGAGCGCCUGAAGGACCCAGAGGUCUGGAUUGACGCCGGGACUCAGAUCUUCUUCUCCUACGCCAUCUGUCUGGGCGCCAUGACCUCCUUGGGGAGCUACAACAAGUACAAAUACAACUGCUACAGGUGA